CUCUCUCUCUCAUCAUCAGCAUCACAGUCGAAGAGAGAGAAAGUGAAGGCAAGCAAAGCACCAACUCCCAUCGCUUCGAAUUGACGCCACAACUCCCUUGUAGUUGAAAUUCUAGAGAGAGAAAGAGCGAGGGGGGGUGAAAUGCUCGUCGACGAGAUCGAUGAUCGAGCUCCAAACCUGAUCCUGGUGCUUCAGGCUUGUUGAGGUUUUGAUCGACCCGAAUCCGAUAGGCAAACUCGAUCGCUCCCUUGGAAGAUCUCGGCAUUGUCUCGAUUGAUUGAGAGUCGAGAGAAAUUAGGUUCUUUCAGGGUUUUGGUAGAAGUUUAGAUCCACGAGUGAUGUCAAUUUGGUAGAUCUACGAUUUUUUUUUUUUGAUUCUUGCAGGUUUGUAGGGUUUUGGUUGAUGCAAAUAGCAAGAUGAAUUCUGAUACUGUUCUUGAUUAUGCUCAGUUCCAGUUAUCACCAAGAAGAACGAGGUGUGAGUUGUUUGUUUCGGGAGGCGGGAAGACUGAGAAGCUUGCUUCUGGGUUAUUGAAGCCCUUCUUGACUCAUUUGAAGGUUGCUGAAGAGCAGGCGAACCAAGCAGUUCAGUCAAUAAAGCUCGAAGCAGAAAAGCGGAAGAAUGCUGGGACUUGGUUCAAUAAGGGAACCCUCGAAAGGUUUGUUCGUUUUGUCAGCACUCCUGAGGUGUUGGAGUUGGUCAAUACAUUUGAUGCAGAGAUGUCACAAUUGGAAGGAGCCAGAAAAAUAUAUUCUCAGGGGGCAGGAGAUCAGCUCUCUGGUAAAAACAAACCAGCUGCCGCAGCUGCUGCAGACAUAACAAAGAAAGAGCUCCUCAAGGCCAUUGACUUGCGACUCAAUGCUGUUAAGCAAGACUUGGGAACAGCUUGUGCUCGGGCUUCAGCUGCAGGCUUCACCCCUGACACUGUUUCGGAACUUCUCAUGUUUGCCAAUCGAUUUGGUGCCCUUCGCUUAAAUGAAGCAUGUACCAAGUUCAUCUCAUUGUGCCAGCGGCGGCCUGAGUUGAUAAAUCAUUCCCAAUCACCGCCUCCACCAAUACCACCGCAAUGGAGGGCUAUUGAUGAUGUCAACAUUCGUGCGUCCUUAGGGUCUGACAUGUCAAUUGAUGAAAUGGAGGUUGAGUCUUCUGGCCCAUCCAUCAGUGAGUCUAUUGCCACAGGGCAUGAACUUUGCAAGCCUAGCAGUGAACGAUCACUACAGGAAUCUGCUGCCGAGGUGAAGCCCAUUGCCCAGUCCUUCAAGGAGAAAGAUAUGAGCAAGGCCAAGGAGGAUGCAUCUCCGAAUGUUGCAUCCUUAGAUGAGCCACUUCAGCCAGCUUCAGCCGGGUCCCGGCGGUUGAGUGUUCAAGACCGCAUCAACCUCUUUGAAAGCAAAAAGAAAGAACAGUCUACAAAUGCUAGUAUUAGCAGCAACACUUCUGGUGGAGGUGGAAUCAAUAAGAUGGUGGCUGGAAAGGGGGAACACCGGAGGCAACCAUCUGAUGCGUCUAUGGAGAAGUUGGUAUUGAGGAGAUGGAGCGGUGCUAGUGAUAUGAGUAUUGAUCUUACUAGCAGCAGCAUCAGCAGUGACAGAAAGGAGAGUGUAAGUACCGCUGGAACUCCUACUUCAUCUGCUGAUUCACAGGUUAAAUCUGGAAGUAACAUGGAAGAAGGUGUUGUAGUGCCAAAAAACACAGGAAAUUCAUGGCCUAGGUCGGGUCCUAAUGACAACUUAACAACCACAUGUUCAUCUUCUACUUUGUCUUCAUCCCAGGCCCAGACCAGUUCUUUUCUGAAGGACAGAGAUGGAGAUGAUGUUUUGUUGAGAGAACAUACUACUGCAAACUCCAGAACUCAGCCUGGACUGUCUAUGGACAAGGGCCACGGUGACUCUCCGAAAGAAUUUAGUCAUUUUGGGGGUGAAGCACAUCAGGAUGGAGUCGGUGAUGAAAGUAAUACCCAAGACACCUCCAAACCUGCUUCAGAAUCAGGGGAGAAUGCUAAACUGAAAGACCAAACCGCCUCUCUGUCUCAAUUUAAUGGAGUUGCAGCACAAAAUAGUGGGAUGAAAGAUCAAGCAACUGUGCAAAUUCAAUCUAAAGCAGUUCCAGCAACAGUUGCAAAGGCAGAAUCAAAUGAUCAAGCAGUUCAUACUGUCACUAGGAAGGCUCGAACACGUUCAACCGCAAAAACAUUUGCAGGAAAAACAGAAGAUGAAGCAAACCCGAAAGAUCCUUCGGAUUCCCAGUUUCAAGUCAAAGCUUCCUUGGGUAAGGUUCAAGAGAUUGCUCCACAGAACGAUAUGUCUUCACAAUCCCAAUCAAAAGCAUAUCCUGGAAAUCAAGUUGCAGAGAGGAAAGAGGAAACUAUUCCUUCUCAUAUGUCAUUCAAAGUUUCCUUUGAAGAUGGUCCUGGUUCUCAGCUCCAUGGGAGAACAACUGCUCCUGGUCAGAUAAAGAAGGUGCAAGGAAGGAGAGAUGACAGGGUGCCCAAUCAAGGAACAAAAAUUCCAACCGUCUCAGGGAAGAAAGAGGAAACUACUACUCAUAUGUCAUUCAAAGUUACAGAGAGGAAAGAGGAAACUAUUCCUUCUCAUAUGUCAUUCAAAGUUUCCUUUGAAGAUGGUCCAGGUUCUCAGCUACAUGGGAGAACAACUGCUCCUGAUCAGAUAAAGAAGGUGCAAGGAAGGAGAGAUGACAAGGUGCCCAAUCAAGGAACAAAAAUUCCGGCUGUCUCAGAGAAGAAGGCUAAGGGAUGGGAGGAUGUCCUUCAACUUCCUCUCACAACUUCUGUGGAACAGGCUCAGGCUGUGAGGUCAGUGAAAGGAAAUAACGAGCUGAAAGUUGAUCUGCAGAUAAAGGCUGAUGAACUGGAAAAGCUAUUUGCUGCACACAAGCUCAGGGUUCAGGGAAACCAAAUAUCUUCCACUUCGAGAAGCAAAACUGGCAAUGUUCAGCUGCUGAAGUCUGCCGAAAAGUGGCCGGCUGAGGGUCUUGCUGAACAAUUCUCAGUGGGGAAGAUACCAAGUGAGAAUUUGAGCAAUGAAGUAGAACUUGACUCUAAUUUGCUUCUGAAGAUGGUGGAAAGUUUAGAUUCUUCCAACAGUACGAAGCAGAAGGUAGGCACUGUCAGCCCAUCAGAAGAAUCCAGAGGAAAGUUCUAUGAGAAAUAUAUCCAAAAGCGGGAUGCAAAGCUGAGGGAAGAUUUGGGGUCAAAGAGGGCCCAAAAAGAAGCAAAGAUGAAGGCUAUGCAUGAUAGCCUGGAACGCAGCCAAGCUGAGAUGAAGAUGAAGCUUGCUGGAUCUGCUGGUAAACGAGAUUCAGUUCUUGCUCAUCGUCGAGUAGAGAGAAUGAGAUCAUUUAAUGUUUACUCCGCUACAAAAAACCAGGGGCAGACAGUAGAACAUCAGGGAGAUGCAGAAGAUGUACGAGAGCAUGAUCAGGUUCUCUAUGGCCAAGACAAAUGCUACAGCGAUACAUUAUCUGGCAAUGAAUCUUCUACAAGCUCGAAGAAGCUCACAUUUAGUAAAAGCUUAUUAUCCUCCGUUCCUAGAACAACAUCAGUCACAAUUCCUAAGCCUUCUGCCAAGGCCAUUAACUCUGGUUCCAUUCGGCAUAGGACGCUGACUGAAAACCCACUCGCACAGUCCGUUCCUAACUUCUCUGACCUUAGAAAAGAAAACACACAGCCUACAGCAGGAGUUAGUAAGGUUACUUCCCGUGCACAGCCAAUAACUUUUACUCGAAGCAAGAGCACCACUGAAGAGGCAAAUCUCGUUAAGGAGGAGAAGUUACGGAGCUCCCAUUCCACUAGAAAAAGCUUAGUUAUCUCUGGAGAGUUGAAUGACCUCUCACCUCCCAGCUCUGAUGGUGCCAAUCUGACAACUUUACAGUUUCCAAAAGAGCAAAUGGAGCAGAAUAUGAAUAAAAUUCAGAAUAGUAGUGAGUUAGGUAUGUCUAAACCGAAAGGCUUUACAAACCCUGAAGCUCUAAAAGAUGAAGAAGAUUCCGAAGGUUUGGUUGAUCAACAAGAGGCUUCAACAAAUAUGUUUAAAGAUGAUGAAGAGGAAUCUAGCAGAACAUCUCCUGAACGAAAUCUUCAGGACACAAAUUUUCCUGUGGGAUCAGAUAGUGAGAAUGGUCAUCUUGGAUCAGAUAAUGCUGAUAUUCUGAGAUCACUAUCUCAAGAUAUCGACAAAUCUAUUGCUAUAUCCUCCAAGUUCGAUCCUUCACCAGGACAUGUGCGGGAGUCACCAGGGGAAAGCCCAGGAUCAUGGAUCUCAAACAUCCAACACUCAUUUUCUUAUGCACACGAAGCAUCUGACUUUGAUGCUUCUGUGAACUCCCCUACUGGAAGUCCGGCAUCAUGGAAUUCCCAUCCAUUGAACCAAAUGAUGGACGCUGAUGCUGCCCGUAUGAGAAAAAAAUGGGGGAGUGCUCAGAUACCUGUUCUUGUCGCUAAUGCUUCACAUCCACAAAAAGAUGUGUCUAAAGGGUUUAAACGGUUAUUUAAAUUUGGGAGGAAAAGUAGAGGUGCAGAUUAUUUAGUAAAUGAUUGGGUAUCUGCCUCGACAGCAUCUGAAGGUGAUGAUGACACAGAAGAUGGUCGAGAUCUUGGAUCGCGAACUUCAGAUGAACUGAGGAAAUCAAGAAUGGGCUACUCAGGUUCUUAUGAUAGCUUCAAUGACUGUGACACGCUUCCUGAACAAGUUCAAUCCUUACGAAGUUCCAUGCCUCAUGGUCCUGGAAACUUCAAGUUGAGAGAGGAUCAUUUGUCUGGAAGUUCUUCGAAAGCGCCUCGUUCCUUCUUCUCUCUUUCGUCAUUCCGAAGCAAGGGAAGUGAAGCUAAGCCAAGAUGACAGUGAGAUUCUGAAGCAAGGAAACACAUCCAACUGCAAAAGCAUCCCAAUCUUAGCUCACAUGCUGGUAUGAACAAACUUCAGUAUUUGCGGCCUGAGGUGGUCAAUCAUUUUUCUCUUUUUUUUUUCAUUUAUAUUAUAUACAAAUCAAUAUUUAUGAGAACAAUAACUAGCAGUUACCUGCUAGUGAGUGAUUUUAUUUGUACAGAAUUAAAAACCCUCUUCUCUUGUUCUCUUAUAUUUUACUUUGGCUAACUGCUGUUUAUGAGAUUGCGUGUA